AUUCCAGGCAGAGUUUAACUAACCACUGACAGCUCUGUAAACAAAGCAGGGACAAAAAGAGAACAGCUUUCCCUUUUCUGGUAGUCAUUUUUGGUUUGGGGGCUGCAGGGGAAUUCUGUAAUACUCGGCUGGAUGGGAUAUAAACCGGGGCUGAGGAGGCUUUGCAUAUGAAGAACUUAUAAAGGGGAAAAUAUUUCAUGGACUAAAUCAUAAAGAAGAAGAUUGGGAACUUUUCGGGGCUCUGCACACUUGAACACCCACCAUGGAUGACUUCGAACGCCGCAGAGAGCUCAGGAGGCAAAAGCGCGAGGAAAUGCGCCUGGAAGCCGAGAGGCUAUCCUACCAGAGAAACGAUGAUGAUGAGGAAGAAGCUGCUAGAGAACGUCGCCGACGGGCUCGACAGGAGAGACUGCGGCAAAAGGAAGAGGGCGAUCUAUCAGGGGAAGUAACAGAGAAAUCAGAAGUUAAUGCCCAAAACAGCGUGACAGAAGAGGAAACCAAACGUACUACAACCACAGGUGGAACAGAUGAUGAUGCUGCAUUCUUGGAGAGACUGGCAAGAAGGGAGGAGAGACGUCAAAAACGUCUUCAGGAAGCCCUAGAACGCCAAAAGGAAUUUGACCCAACGAUCACAGAUGAGAGCUUGUCACUACCAAGCAGGAAAGAAGUAAACAACGUGGAAGAAAACGAGACCACAAGGAAAGAGGAAAAGGAUGAAACACGUCGAGGACGCUAUGAGAUUGAGGAAACAGAAACGAUCACCAAGUCACACCAGAGGAACAACUGGAGGCAAGAUGGAGAAGAAGAGGAAAAAAAAGAAGAAAAAGACAAAGAGGAGAUACAAGAGGAGAAACCAAAGGAGGUACCUGUAGAGGAAAAUCAGGUAGAUGUGACAAUAGAAAAACCCGUAGAUAAAGAAGAGGCAGUAGAAAUAAAAAAUCUAGCUGUAAAUGCAGAGGAACACAAAGCAGAGAAUGAUACUAAUGCUGUGCUGGAAGGGGAGCAGAAGGGAGAAGAAGAGGCUGUAGAUAAGCUUAGAGAAGAAGAAAAGGAAAAGGCUGAGGAAGAAAGGAAGAAAGCAGAAGAAAGGGAGAAACUUGAGGCAGAAGAAAGGGAGAGGUUAAAAGCAGAGGAAGAAAAGAGGGCAGCUGAAGAAAAACAGAAAGCAGAGGAAGAAAAGAGGGCAGCUGAGGAGAGAGAGAGGGCUAAGGCAGAAGAGGAGAAGAGGGCAGCUGAGGAAAGGGAGAGGGCUAAGGCAGAAGAGGAGAAGAGGGCAGCUGAGGAAAGAGCAAAGGCUAAGGCAGAAGAGGAGAAGAGGGCAGCUGAGGAAAGAGCAAAGGCUAAGGCAGAAGAAGAGAAGAGGGUAGCUGAAGAAAGAGCAAGGGCUAAGGCAGAAGAGGAGAAAAGGGCAGCUGAAGAAAGAGCAAGGGCUAAGGCAGAACAGGAAAAGAAGGCAGCUGAAGAAAAGGCUAAGUUAGAAGCAGAGAAAUUAAAGGAAAAAAAAAAGGUAGAAGAGAAAAAAAUGGAAGAAAAGAAAAUAGAAGAUAAACAGGUAAAAGAGAAGAAAGUACAAGAGGAAAAACCUAAAGCAGCUUUCCUAAGAAAACAGGGGGAAGAAAAAGAGGUUAAAGUGGAAGUUCAGAAGGAAAAGGUACAAGAUGAGAAGCUUCGACCUACCUCCAAAAAAGAUCAGAUAAAAGAUGAAAAGGAUAAAGCACCUAAGGAGGAAUUUAAGAGUAUCUGGGAUCGUAAGAAGGGAUUUCCUGAACCAAAGGCACAGAAUGGAGAACGUGAACUCCCUGGCCACAAACUUAAAUCUACUGAGAAUGCUUUUGGACGCUCCAAUUUGAAAGGGACUGAUGAGGCGAAGCGGGGGUCUCCCGCUGAUGAAGAAAAGAAGAUGAAGGAAAAGCAACAAGAGGCGACCGUGGAGCUGGAGGAACUGAAGAAAAAGCGUGAGGAGCGCCGGAAAGCCCUUGAGGAGGAGGAGCAGAAGAAGAAGCAGGAGGAGGCUGAGAGAAAAGCCAGAGAGGAGGAGGAGAAGAGGAGGAUGAAGGAAGAAAUUGAGAGGAGAAGGGCUGAAGCUGCUGAAAAACGUCAAAAGCUGCCAGCAGAUGGUGUAACUGAAGAAAAGAAGCCAUUUAAAUGUUUCAGUCCUAAAGGUUCAUCUCUCAAGAUAGAGGAACGAGCAGAAUUUUUGAACAAAUCCGCUCAGAAGAGUGGUAUGAAACCUGCCCAAACGACAGCAGUUGUCUCGAAGAUUGACAGUAGACUUGAGCAAUACACCAGCGCAGUUGUGGGCACAAAGGCUGCAAAACCAAAUAAGCCAGCAGCCUCUGACCUUCCUGUGCCAGCCGAGGGUGUUCGUAACAUCAAGAGCAUGUGGGAGAAGGGGAAUGUGUUUUCAUCACCCUCUGGGCCAGGAACACCAAAUAAGGAAACUGCCGGCCUGAAAGUUGGUGUUUCCAGUCGUAUCAAUGAAUGGUUAACCAAGAGCCCAGACGCCAAUAAAUCACCUGCUGCAAAACCUUCUGAUUUAAGACCAGGAGAUGUAUCUGGCAAACGUAAUCUCUGGGAGAAGCAAGUAGUUGAAAAAGCAACAACUUCUUCUUCUAAGGUAACAGCUGGGGGGAAAAAAUCAGAGACUAAUGCAGGUUUGAGACAAUUUGAGAAAGAACCAUAGGAGGCUACUAAAGACGCUGGACCAAUCAGUUGGGGGAAAAAAAGUGCUAAAUUGUUCUUUUUAUAUUUAUGUUUAUUUACCAAAAUGUCUUUUUUUUUUGCAUUAUCCCAGUUAAAACCAUGUAUAUUAGCACUGUAUUUAAUAAUCAGUCUAGACAUUCAUCAUAAUAGUACUGCCUUUGCACAAGAGCCUUUAUUCCUAAAGAAAUCCAUGCUGUGAAAUAUAUAGACUCUCCUACUGAUAGUCAUAAUUAUGUAUCUGAACAGUGAUUUCAACUGACAUAAGAGGUCAACCCAAAAUACAUGUAAAGUGAAGUUGCUUAAGAAAGGUGUGCAGUAAACCUAUAAAAGCAGUGGUUACUUUUGGGAUACAGAAGUCUUUCUUUCUGCACUUUAGACUAAGGCAUGGAAGAAAUAUCAUCAGUUGACAGUGUAAUAUUUUCUGUAAGUUACCCAUGUCAUGAGAAAUUCUGCAUCAAUAACUUGUGGGGUUUUUGUUCGUUUUAUACUUUUCUAAGUAUCAAUCUCUCCAUUCUAGUGUAAGUUAAUACCUGAAUUUGGAUGAUUAUGUUAGCUGACAGCGGUACUGAUACUUCUUUUUGUUGUUAGUGACUAGUAAUUGAUUGCAAUUUAGAAUAUAUACACACAUAGCUUUACAAAGUUUAGCCUAAAGGCACUACUAAUUGUAGAAUGCUUAAAUACAUGCUAGAGUAUUAUAUGUAGUAAUAAACAUACAUAAUUAGUCAAUAUCACAGCUUCAAAAAUAAAGACAAAAUCACACACUUUUCUAUAGUAAGAUUUCAUAAUUGCCAUUAGAGGGAUGGCGAGAUAAGUAUUAAAAAAUUUUAAAUGUCGGUUGCCCAGUACUGGGUAAUUAAAAAGAAAGUUAUAGUUUUUAAAAGAGAAAAAGGUAAGGGUAUAGAGGGUCAAAAAUAGAUCACUUGUAUAAAACGUUGUAGUUUAAUUUAUAUAAAACUACCAUUAUUAAAAGAAAGUAAAUCUAAACACAGAGAGCUUGUUUCAAAUGACUGUACACUAAAUCUUGCCAUUCAUCAGUGCCGUACACUAGAUCCACCUGAAAUGAAGUAAACCUCUAUCUUUAGAGUGCUUCUUUUUAAUUCUCUCUCCCGAAUAUCUUAUUUACAGAUGUUUUCAUUUGUAUAUAGUAAACACAUGGCUAUAAGACGUCAGCUUGGUUUGAAUUUACAUGCCAUACGGUUUAGCAUUUACAUCCUACAGUGUAUGGGUGGAAUAAACUGAGCAAUUGAAGUAGCCCCAGAGUGUGUUGUUAACAGCUUUGUUGUGCAUCAAAACUACCGGGAUCUCCCUUUUCACCACUUCAUCUUUUAUAGCAUCCGACUUGCUCCUAACGAAGAAGAAUGUUAUGUUGCAGCCCAAAGAUGAGCUCCCCUGCCUGGUUGAAACAUCUUGUUUACAUGUAGAGAUGCACUCAGUUGUCUGUAUGGGGUGAAAUUGUGCCUGACAUUGUCUAUGAGUUGUCAUGUUUUCUUUUAUUUUGGGGUUUUGUAAACACUCCUUUGAGUCUUUCAAAUACAUUUGAUAGCUGCAAUAAAAAUGAUUUGUUCAAACAAUGUAUUCUGAAACUGCAUCCACAAUAAAUGGAGUAUUUCCGUCAGCA